AUGGAUUACGAACUUGAGAACAAGACAGAAGAAGAGAAUGAAAAGCUCAUCAACGAGGAGUACAAAAUGUGGAAAAAGAACUCGCCUUUUCUAUAUGACCUUGUUGUCACACACGCGCUUGAGUGGCCUAGUCUGACUUGUCAAUGGUUCCCUACUGUAGAAGAAAUGCCUGACAAGAAUUACAAGAUCCAGAACCUGUUAUUGGGAACUCACACCAAUGAUAAUGAACCGAAUUAUCUGCAGAUUGCAUCUGUAAGACUCCCUAACGAAGUCAAAAAAUCUGAAGAUACAGCCAUGGAGGAUGCUAGCGAGGUCGAAAAAGACAAUGAGACGUUCAUCAAAAUCACGCAAAAGAUCCUUCAUGACGGAGAGGUGAACCGUGCUCGUUAUCAAAUCGAAAAUCCAGACAUCAUUGCUACAAAAUCCAGAACUGGCGAUGUGUAUGUUUUUGAUCGCACUACCUUUGACCCAAUGCCCAAAGAAGGCGAAAAAUUCAAUCCUACUCUCAGAUUGACUGGACACGACAAGGAGGGCUAUGGUUUAGCCUGGAGCCCUCAUAAAGGAAACUCGACUCAUUUACUAAGUGCUGGCUUUGAUUCGAAGAUUUGUCAAUGGGAUGUUGCAGGAACGUCAAGGGAAAAUCGUGAAUUGGAGCCUGUGCGUACAUAUACAGCUCAUACAACAGGUGUAGAAGAUGUCGCAUGGCACACUAAAUUCGAAUCUAUAUUCGCCUCUGUCGGCGACGAUGCUCGACUCAUGAUCUGGGACGCCAGAAACGACUCCAACAAGCCAAUUCACAACAUUCAAGCGCAUGAUGCUGAAAUCAACUGUGUUGCAUUUGCCCCUGGAAGUGAAUGGGUGCUCGCCACAGGCUCUGGAGAUAAGACUGCUGCUUUAUGGGAUUUGCGUAACCUAAAACAAUCGAUUCACAGCCUAAGAGCUCAUCAAUCCGAGAUCCUUCAAUUGGCAUGGUCACCACACCAUGAUGCUGUUUUGGCCACAGCUAGUAGCGAUAGAAGAAUUCUUGUGUGGGAUCUCUCUAAGAUCGAUACCCCUCAACUUCCCGAAGAAGCAGAAGAUGGACCACCCGAGCUUUUGUUCAUGCACGGUGGUCAUACAAACAAAAUCUCUGAUUUCAGUUGGAAUCCUGCAGAUCCUUGGGUAUUAUCAAGCACAGCUGAUGAUAAUAUUGUUCAAGUAUGGCAGAUGGCAAGCAACAUUUAUAACCCUCAACCCCAUCAUCAUCACGACGAACACACAGCACAACCGGUUACUGAUGAACUGUUGGAUGGUAAAUCUAGAAACGAAGAUGAAAGCCAAUCAUCCAGUGUCGCAGCAAAUACGGCACCUACUACACCUGGAUCCACCUUGAAUGAAAGCACAGCAACAGCCAUCCCUACAUCUACUGCUACUGCUGGUGAUGAGCAAGCCAGCUCGAGUGCAGUAGAUGAAAAGGAGGCUUCUUCAGUGACAGUAGAAUCCAAUGAUGCAACUAGUACCACGCAACAAGACUCCAAUGCCGAGAACUUGAACAGCGAUGGAGAUGUUCAGAUGCAAGAUUAA